AUGUCUCGCAAGGAAUUCCCCGUUUUAUCGGUACAACAGACAUCUGAAUUGAGAGAAGCCUUAUUGCAAUGGGGUUUAGCCAACGGCUUAGUCAUGUAUCCUCCCAACUUUGACGACUUUUCGGCCAACAAUGCUCCCAUCACUUUGUUUCCUACACCCUUACCUAAAUCCAGUUUCAAAACUGCCCAGGAUGUCCAACAGCUCUUCAAUGAGUUGUACAUUAACUUAGUAAUCCAUCAAAAAGAGUGGCUUGUAGACACCUUGGAAAGUUUAUCAAAUUUUGACGCUGAUUUCACUGGUAAGUUGUUUGAAGUGUACAAAAAGGCUGUCGCUGAGAGCCCCAAUAACAAGUUGGUACAACCUAUCUCUGUGGGAUUGUUCAGAUCAGAUUAUAUGGUCCACGAGAGUACUAAUGAAAUCAAACAAAUCGAGUUCAACACCGUCAGUGUUUCAUUUGGUGGUUUGUCCACGAAGGUAGGCGAAUUGCACAACUACUUGAAUCAAGCCGGUUACUACGACAAAAGUUAUUCGUACAAGUACUAUGAUGAUGAGGAAAUACCAGUUUCCAAUUCCAUCAACGAAUUGGCCGAUGGUUUGGCAGAUGCAAACUUCUACUACAAUGAUGAAACCAAGAACACGAAAACAGUUGUUUUGGCAGUGGUACAACCAGGGGAAAGAAACUGCUUUGACCAAAGACACAUUGAAUACUCUUUGCUUAAGAACCAUGGCAUCAAGACUUACAGAGUAACAUUGGAAGAUGUUGAAUCCAGAACAACCGUCAACAAUAACAAGUUGUACAUAAGGUCUACUAUGGACGAAGUCUCGGUUGUUUACUAUCGUUCUGGUUAUUCUCCAUCAGAUUAUGAAGUGAACCCGGAAAAGACUUGGGCCGCUCGAUUAUUUCUUGAGAAGUCUCAGGCAGUCAAGUGUCCUUCUGUCUUGACACAAUUAGCAGGUGCAAAGAAGAUUCAACAAAUAUUAACAAAGGAGGAUAAGAUCAAGAAGUUCUUGCCGGACAUUUCUGAUUCUGAUUUGAAGAACAUCUUGUCUACGUUUGUAGCCAUUUAUCCUUUGGACAAUUCAGAAGAAGGAAAGUUGGCCAAAAAGUUGGCAUUUGAACAACCAGAAAAGUUUGUUUUGAAGCCACAAAGAGAAGGUGGUGGAAAUAACAUCUACAAAGAGAAUAUUCCUGGCUUUUUGAACAGCAUCAGCGAAGAGGAGUGGGGGGCAUAUAUCUUGAUGGAGAUUAUCAAUCCUCCCAAGCAUAGCAACAAAAUUAUUAGAAAUCAUGAGAUAUACAAUGAAGAUAUCAUUUCUGAGUUGGGAGUGUUUGGAACCAUUGUGUACAAUGAAGAUUCGGGCAAGGUUUUGACCAACAAGACCUCCGGUUGGUUGUUGAGAUCCAAAUUCAGUUCCAGUAAUGAGGGUGGAGUUGCCGCUGGUUUCGGCUGCGUAGACAAUGUAUAUUUGUAUUAA